AUCUGCUGUGUAAGGGAUGCAAUGAAAAGCUCCAAAACAGCUGCUAAGUGGAUCUUUUGGUGACACUGUUUUGUGUGCAAGGUUAAAAAUGAAUUUUCAAUCUUCAAUAUUUUGAAUAUAUUCCAUACAAUGUCAUCUUUCUUUUUUUGUGUGUGUGUGUGUAUCUGUAAUCUGAAAAUAUGUGAUUCACAGAAUACACAGAUAUACUGGGAAAUACUUUGACCUACUAACAGUUGGAUAAGAUAACCAGUGGUAAUAUUGGACAACACAUCUUUUAAAGCAAUAGGCAACCUAAAAGUAAAAUGGACCGUUAACUAAAAGCCGUCACCAGUUGUAUGGGUCUUUUAUUUUGAAAAACAAUCUGCAGUAUUUCCGGUGUAUGUGCGGCUCUUUCUGUCUGACUUGACGUUCCCCUCUUCUGUGUAUCCUUGCGUUGGGGUGAAGCCGCAUAAAAGCGUUUCCAUAAUGCGUGCGUGAAGUGCUCCUCAUGUAGUAAAACGGAGGCGAUUCAGGAGGAGGACAGCGGAGGGUUACCGGCUUUACAUCGAGUCUGUCAGUUAGGCACCGGGGGAAUAAAAUGUCGAACCGUAAGCACCGGGACAACCAGGAGAUCUGCGCCCGCAAGGUCCGGGAGCUGGCCCAGUCUGGAGUAAACAAACACUGCUUCGAGUGCAACCAGCCCGGGGUGACAUACACCGACAUCACGGUGGGCAGCUUCGUCUGCACGUCGUGCUCUGGAAUGCUGAGAGGCCUCAACCCUCCCCAUAGAGUCAAGUCUAUCUCCAUGACAACCUUCUCCCAACAGGAAGUGGAAUUCCUCCAAAACCAUGGCAACGAGGUUGGGAGGAGAACUUGGCUGUGCGUGUUUGACCCAAAGACAGACGGCUGCUCCGACAUGAAGGACUCUCAGAAGUUCAAAGAGUUCCUGCAGGACAAAUUCGAGAAGAAAAAGUGGCAUUUUUCCAAAAGUAAGAACCGGAGGGAUGUCGAGGGUCCUUGGAGCCCGGGGGUCCAGGCAGUGCCCCCUUCCCUUGGUCCCUUAGCGAGCCAGGCUCCCUGCCAUAACCUGCCCCCUAACGCCAGGUCCACGCGGCCAAUGUCUCAGUCCCAGCUGCCGUCAUGGGAUCGAGCUCCUGCGAUCUCGCCCGCCGACAUGCGGACGGACGUGUUCACCGCUCGGCCAUCGCGCUCCCAAAGCUUCAGAGACCCCUCUCUGAAAGAUCCCUCCCUGUGCGGGAUAGAGAGACAGCGGCCAGGCUCUAUGUCGUCGGCGCUUGGAGCUCAGAGCCACGUCCCCUCCUUCCCCGCCCUCCCGCGGCCCUCAGCCAGUAGCUCAUUCAAAAACCACUUCACUUUAGGUCGCACAGUAUCGGCCUCGGGGACUUCGGGGCCCUUCAGGGCCUUCCCCAAGUCUCUCAGCGUGGACUUUGGAGGUUUGAACCAUGCUCAGCAGCAGCAGCAGCAGCAGCAGCAGCCUCUGCCCCAGUCUCUGUCCCAGCAGCAGCCUGGAAGUGCCAGCCAGACGACACAGCCUGUCGGCAGCUCCAACGCCGACCGAUACGCUGCCGUGUCACAUCUGGACAGUGUCUUCUGUGACACGUCAACGGUCGCAGCUCCACCUGGUGGCCCUCCGCAGUACAACGCCAUCUUCGGCAGCAGGCUCUCGUCCAGCUCUACUCCUGCCAGUUCCCCCGGUGUCGAUACGGUCUCCAGCUCCCAAACUUUUGCAAGUUUCCCCAACCCAUUCAGCUCCAGCUCCAGUUCCAUCUCCGGCUCCGCUUCCCAGCAGCCCAUUGCGCUCUCCCCCAGUAACCCCUUCAGCAACGCAUCAGGAGGUGACUCCAGUGCGUUUGUCACCUCGCCCACCUCCGUUUUCCCUACGUCCGCCUCCUUCCCAGCACCCAGCACCCAGAGUGCAUUUCAUCAUGAAUCAGCCAGCAACCAGGAAGCCAAUGGUUUUGCCUCCUUCCCUGCGCCCGACUCUCAGCCCAAAGUCCCUCGGCCCAUGUCGGUGAACCCGUUUACGGGGAAUGUUUACCCCAGUCGAGGGACGUCGCGGAACCCUUUCAUCUGAUUCCCUCCCCCAAAUCCCCCCCUCUCCUUACUUCACCCAACCCGUUCAUCUCUGGGAACCGAGGGAGAAGUGAACUUGAGGAGUCGCUGCCAUUUCAAUGCCUCUGGAGUAUUCUCACCCUCUGAGGGAGGGUUUGACGUCCUCCCUCUCCUCUCUCUAUCGCCCCCUCUCUGUCUGUGUUUACGUGUUUGUGGAGGGCAAAGAAAACGUGUGAAUGUAAUGAUGAAAUUUGUGGACGUAUGAGAUCGGUCGCCUGCUGUGUUUGUACCACGUGACAUUAUGUCAAAAGGUGUUUGUGUGCCAGUGGACGCCACCUCAGGGCUCUGUGGGAGUCAUGAGUAAACGACGCCUCUAUGAUUUUUGCAGAAACACACACACACACACACACACACACACACACACACACACACACACACGUAUAUGAGACACACACAUAAACACACAUGCCACUGCUGCUGCUACUUUGCUUUCAUCUCCUGCUUAAAAGUGCAAAAAACAAACAAACAGGCCACCGAUAAAUUCAUCAGCGUGGUCUCCUGGUUUAAAAACCAUUGCAGUCUUUCAGUUUUCCAAAGGAAGAGCCAGUUGAGACUGUGCAUCAGAAGAUUCUUUCUACAGAUGGUUAUAACGGCCUUAACAGCCUCCUGAUGCAUGUAAAUUAGCAUUGAAAGAUAAGACAGGCUUUUCUCUGUGAUGGGUGUGUGGAACAUGUUUGCAUUUGUCACUGUUUUUUUUUUUUUUUUCUCAGGUCAUCCUUUGAAGGAUAAUCUAUGUUUUCCACUUCCUAGGCUGCAUGCGCUUUGAGGGCUAACAGGAGAUUCUACUGAAUGUAAAAGCAAUUUCAGAAUAACUUAAAUGUGUAUAAAAACUUCAUCGCUUUCAUUUUUCUGGACCAAAAUGUUUUUCGCUUGAUAUAUUUUUUUUUUCUUUUCAUUUGACAUGAAGGUGAAGUACAUUUCCCUCAUUUUGCCAAAAAGAAAAGAGAGAUUCAUGUGUCUUUGUAAUGACAAGUAUUCAUGUUCAUAAAAUCAGUUUGUUGCUUCUUAA